AUGGAGGAGACGCCGGGAGGGUCAGGCCGGGGCAGUAAGAUGAGUAGCAAUCCUGGUGCUGCCCCCCUGCCCCCUGUCCUCUACACCAAGCAUCAAAAUGAUAACAUUUUAAAUGAUUUUUACCCUCCAAAGUUGGAAUAUGGGAAUGACAUGUUCUUGCCAAGCCUCAGCCGGCCCCUGACGAGCCUUGAAGUCACAGACAUAACAAGCAAAGUUGAGAUCGUAGGUCUUCCAACCAGCAGGGAUACUGACAUGCGCAGCCUUCAUAGCAGGUACCGGAGCUUUAGGGAAAGUAAUGUAACCUGGCCCUCUGACUUCCAGCAGCGCACCGUGGCCCGGGCAGGGUUCUACUAUGUGGGCCCCGGGGACCGGGUGCGGUGCUUCUCCUGUGAGGGGGAGUUGGAGAUGUGGGAGCCCUGGGAUGUGCCCCUCACCCGGCACCUACGCUCCUUCCCUCACUGCCCCUAUGUGCGGGGGACGGGAGCCGACAGAGCCUGGAAAUAUGAUCAGUACCCAAUAAGCACAGGGACUAUAAUGGAAGCAGAAGGAGGAACACUAGUGCCCCCCAGCAGCUCCUGCAGCCCAGGGAAGGAACCCCUUGGGGACAUGAGUGAUGAGUACAGCAGGUUAGAGACUUACCGGGGGCACUGUCACCAUUUCCCCCAUAACAACCAGCGGCGCUUGGCCCAGGCAGGAUUCUACUAUGUGGGGCCCGGGGACCGGGUGCGGUGCUUCUCCUGCCGGGGGGAGUUGGAGAAGUGGGAGUCUGGGGAUGUGCCCCUCACCCGGCACCAACGCUCCUUCCCUGACUGCCCCCAUGUGCGGGAGCUGGGAGCCAAGAUGCCGAUCGUCUUUGCUCAAAGUCCGAGUGCAUCGGCCAGCACUGAUACAAGGAGAAGUUAUUUUCCAUUGUUAAGCAGCCCCAGACCUCUCAGUAACUGGGAUAUGAGGGACAAAGGAGAGAGAAUAAGCCGAACAGUUCCCAGCAGCUCUAAUUGCCCCAGUGCGCAGGAAGCGAUAAAGGAUCAGGAUCACAGGCAAGCGGAGCCCAUUACAGAAGGGGAAAGUGACUCCAGUGUCCCUGUAGCGAAACCCCUUGGGGACAUGAGUGAUGGGUACAGCAGGUUAGAGACUUACCGGGGGCACCGUCACCAUUUCCCCUAUAGGAUCCAGCAGAAUUUGGCCCCAGCAGGAUUCUACUAUGUGGGGCCCGGGGACCGGGUGCGGUGCUUCUCCUGCCGGGGGGAGUUGGAGAACUGGCAGCCUGGAUAUGUGCCCCUCAUCCGGCACCGACUCUCCUUCCCUGACUGCCCCUAUGUGCAGGAGGUGGAUGCCAAGGUCCCACCCAUCUUUGCUCAAAGUCCGAUUGCAUCGGCCAGCACUGAUCCAAGGAGAAGCAGCUCUAAUUGCCCCAGUGUGCAGGAAGUGAUAAAGGAUCAGGAUCACAGGCAAGCGGAGCCCAUUACAGAAGGGGAAAGUGACUCCAGUGUCCCUGUAGCGAAAUCCCUUGGGGACAUGAGUGAUGAGUACAGCAGGUUAGAGACUUACCAGGGGCACUGUCACCAUUUCCCCCAUAACAACCAGCAGCGCUUGGCCCGGGCAGGAUUCUACUAUGUGGGGCCUGAGGACCGGGUGCGGUGCUUCUCCUGCGGGGGGGAGUUGGAGAACUGGGAGCCUGGGGAUGUGCCCCUCACCCGGCACCGACGCGCCUUCCCUGACUGCCCCCAUGUGCGGGGGAUGGGAGCCAAGACACUGGCCAUCAUUUCACAGGGCGGGUAUUCUGACAGUGAUUCAAGCAAUGAACUAUUAGACUGUGACUGGGAUGAACAUAUGAAGGAAAAAAGAAGGCGAUUCAGUCCAACUGUUCUUGGCAGCUCAGUAACCCAUGGUGACAAGACCGACCCCCCAGGUAAGAUUCCCCUUGGGAGCAUUGAUAUCUGUCUUUUUAGUCACUCAAAAGGUUAA